AUGACCGCUCCAAAACCCGCGCUCCGAGGCCGAACCAAGGUGAAGACGGGUUGCGCAACAUGCCGAAUCAGAAAGAUCAAGUGCGACGAGGCCAAGCCCUUCUGUGAGAAGUGUGUCAAGACUGGGCGCAAAUGCGAUGGUUACGAGUCUGUCUUUAGGCCCUUCCCCAGGACGCCGCAGCCGAUCGUCAAACCAGAUCCAGGGCAUGAUAACGCUAAGGAGGAACCUCCAUUGAGCACUGGCGAUCUCAAUCGAUACUUCUCGACCAAAACGAUAUUCGAUGUUGAGCUAAGCUGCUAUGAAGAGGCAGAGCAGGUCCUACAAGCUAGCUUGACCAACGACUCGAUACGUCAUGCUCUGCUGUCUCUCAGGGCUCUGCGAGGAAAUCUUGAGGCAAGGAACGAAGGAGAUACAUCCGAGACAGACGCACAGCAGAGAUUGAGCUACAACUUCGGUCUUCAACAGUACAGCAAAGCUUUGACUAGCCUCGCAUUCAACCUCGCAUACCCCAGCCCUGAAAGCCUAAAGUCCGCACUGCUUUGUUGUCAAGUCUUGAUCAGCGUUGAACAAGUCCGAGGGAACUUCUCGGCCAUGGGACUGCAUGUAAUUCGUGGACUGGACAUCCUGCGCGAGUACCGCGCCAGACCGUACUUGACCACCAAUGGCCUAAUACCAGCACGACAUACUGGUCUGCCUGCCUUGGAUGUCUUUAUUAUAAAGCUGUUCGCUGCGCCUUGCAAGUUCACUGAGCAACAGUCCCCAGAAGCUUCGAGCAUAAUGACGCCGCCAAUUGAAACGAAUGACCGAAAGCUGGCGCCAAACAUGCGAGCGGAACUUACAAAAGUCGCGACGUCGACCAUUGCACUUCUGGGAAGGACAACAAACAUUCAGUCGGAGCAACAAGCUCAGCCCCUUCUUUCUGAAAAACGAGACUUGCUUGGUGGUUUGGACUCAUGGCUUAGUGCUCUUGAAUCUCUUCAGAAGGAGACACAACCAGGAGAGCCCGAGUCAAUUUCCGAUAACUUCUUGCGUAUCUUAUAUCUUAUCCUGAGAAUCAUUCUUCUGGGAACUUUAGAAACCUCACCAGAUCUUGAUGCCAAGCUAAAGGAAGAAAACAAGCAACUCCAAGGCUUAGCGAAUCUCGUCAAUGAACGACUGAAGGAUUAUGAUAUGCGACGGGGAAUUGAUGGCAGCUUAGCGACGCAAUCUCAGUAG